AUGCAGGAAAUCGUGGAAAACAGGGCUGUAGCGUUCAAAACGAGGAAGGGUCCUAACGAGAUCAUUGCUGAAAAGCUGGAUUUGGAUUCGUGUUUCACCGAUGAUGAAAUUGUCAUUAAAGUUCACGCGGCUGCAUUAAAUCCUGUUGAUUUGCUAGUGAAAGCAUAUGCAUAUUCUUGGAUUGCAGGAUGCGAGCCUAAAACCCUGUCAAGAGAUUAUAGUGGGGUUAUUGUUCGAAGAGGGAAAAACAUCAAAGAAUUUGAUAUUGGCGAUAAGGUGGUUGGGAGUUUUGACCAUCUUUUUGGUAAAGAGGGAUCCUUGAGCAACUAUUUGACACUAGAUCCGAAGAAGCAUCCUUCAAUAACUAAAAUGCCCAGCUUUGGCGAUAGCGAGUACGAUGAUUUUGUGUUGAACGCUGCAUGGCCACUCGUUUUCGGAACUGCGUACAUGGGCCUCGGUCUGUUAGACAAGAGCCAGAAUCUUGGUCCUGAUUCGCGCAUAUUGGUGAUUGGAGCCUCAACUUCGGUGUCAAAUGCUCUGGUACAAAUUGCUAAGAAUCACUUGAAGGUCAAGUCCGUGGUAGGAAUAUGCUCCAAGAGCUCAUUCGAGCGUAACAAGGAACUGGGGUUUGACCACCUAGUUGCGUAUGAUGAAGAGGUCGUCACCGAUGGGGUCAAAAAACUAAUUGACACCGAAUUUAAUGGUGGCAAGUUUGACUUGAUUUUCGAUUCAGUUGGAAAUUCAGAUUUCAUUCCUAAAAUCGAUGAUUUUUUGAAACCAAUCAGCGAAAACUCUUACUAUCGCACCAUUGUUGGUGAUGCAAAAUUAAAGUACACCUCUCCAAACUUAUUGAAGACGUUCAAACCCUCCGAAACAUUUAGGCGGUUUGGCCCAUUCAAGAAGUACAACUACAGGAACUACCUUCUUAUUCCAUCGAACACUUUCAUGGUUCUUGGUGCCGAAAUGAUUGCUAAAAAACAAUUUGUUCCAACAAUAGACUCUGUUUUCACUUUUGAAGAUCACACAGAUGCAUUCAAUAGACUAGUUUCAAAUAAAGCUAAGGGAAAAAUUGUUGUGAAGAUUGCUUAA